AUGAAGCUGUCCAGACUUCAACUGACACUCGUAUAUAUCCUGUGCGGACUACUGGUUAUCACUCUAGAAGACUCCACGGCCGCUUCUGCCGGUGCCGCGGGAUCUACAGCGGCUGCAAAGGCUGGCUCUGUCGCUUCACAGGCUAGCACCGAAGCAACGGAACCAACAGAACAUGACACAAAGGAGGUGACUGAACCUUCGCCACCGACUCCUCAGGCUCAGCAUAAAGGGGACAAUAAAAAAAAGAAAGGUGUUCAGUCGAUUACUAUCCCAAUUGGUCUCGGUGUCGGUAUGUUGGUGGCCCAUCUUCUCAAUUAA